CUUAAGAAAGUAGGUUAGGAAAAAAUGAAUGAUGAUAAUGAAGAUUGAAAAAAAAUGAGAAAAAGGAAUGAUUUUUAAAUGAGAAAAACAGCAGCAAGAAACAGAAAGCAAAAGGAGAUUUACUCGACAAGUAAUUCUGUUUGCAAAUUGGAACCAAAAACCAAAUUCUUCUCUCCCAAAAAGCCAAAAUACCUCUUCUUUCUGAGAAUACGAAGCUCUUUCAUUUCCCUCAUUGUCUCGUUUCACCUCCACAACCCAUAAUCCAUCUCUUCUUCCUUUUUCUCUAUUCAAUUUCAAAAGGGUCUCUUCAAUUUCAAGUUUUUGCUUCAGAAAUUCUUGAAUUUAUGCCCCAUUCCUAGAUAUACCACACUUCCUUUUUGAUCAAUGUGAUGUAGAUUAGUGGAAUUUGGGGGUGGAACCAAAUGCACCCAUAUAAUCGGCUGCCGAGCAGUGGCCACUCAACUCCGUCACCGCCCCCGUCGCCUCUACGCUCCCCUCGGCUGAGACACUCUCGGUCCAAGGGCGCCCGCUUCACUCAAGCUCAGCAACCUGGCCGGACCUUUCCCCAGCGACUUGCCUGGUUAAUCCUUUCCGUUUUACUUCGUCGCCAAGGGAUCUUCCUUUUUGCCCCUUUAAUCUACAUCUCCGGUAUGCUUCUUUAUAUGGGUACUGUCUCUUUUGAUGUCGUUCCAGUCAUCAAGCAUCGUCCUGCUCCUGGCUCUGUUUAUCGAAGUCCGCAACUCCUUGCCAAGCUUCGUCAUGAGAUGGAUUCUGACAACACUUCUACUGAUGCGAUAUCAACAAUAUGGAAACACUCAUAUAAAGGUGGUCAGUGGAAACCCUGUAUCAACAAUUCUUCAGGAGGCCUACCUGAGUCAAAUGGGUAUAUUUAUGUUGAGGCAAAUGGAGGUCUAAAUCAGCAGAGAACAUCAAUAUGCAAUGCGGUUGCUGUGGCUGGCUAUCUUAAUGCAACACUUGUAAUCCCGAAUUUUCAUUUCCACAGCAUUUGGAGAGAUCCUAGCAAGUUCAGCGAAAUAUAUGAUGAGGAGUAUUUUAUCAAGACCUUAGAGAAUGAUGUACGCAUUGUAAACAAGAUUCCGGAAUACAUUAUGGAACGAUUUGACCACAACAUGACUAAUGUCUACAACUUCAGAAUAAAGGCAUGGUCGUCCAUUCAAUAUUACAAGGAUACGGUGCUUCCAAGAUUACUUGAAGAACUGGUUAUAAGAAUUUCACCUUUUGCAAAUCGAUUGUCAUUUGACGCUCCUCCUGCUGUUCAACGUCUUCGAUGCUUAGCAAAUUAUAAAGCGUUGAGAUUCUCUAAUCCCAUAUUAUCCUUGGGAGAGAUUUUGGUUUCUAGAAUGAGAGAACGCAGUGCCAGUAAUGGUGGCAAGUAUAUUUCUGUACAUCUUCGCUUUGAGGAGGAUAUGGUUGCAUUCUCGUGUUGUAUUUUUGAUGGUGGACAUAAAGAGUUGGAAGACAUGAAAGCAGCCAGAGAAAAGGGAUGGAAAGGGAAAUUCACAAAACCGGGCAGAGUUAUACGUCCUGGUGCCAUAAGGGUUAACGGAAAAUGCCCGAUGACUCCUUUAGAGGUUGGUUUGAUGCUUAGGGGGAUGGGAUUUGACAACAGCACUUUCAUUUAUUUGGCAUCAGGAAAGAUAUAUGAUGCUGAGAGAAAUAUGGCUCCGCUUUUGGAGAUGUUUCCAAAUCUGCUUACAAAGGAAAUGCUGGCAUCACCUGAAGAACUUUCUCCAUUCAAGAAUUUUUCUUCCAGGAUGGCUGCUAUAGACUAUACUGUUUGUCUCCAUAGUGAGGUGUUCGUGACAACACAGGGUGGCAACUUCCCUCAUUUCCUGAUGGGUCAUAGAAGAUACUUGUACGGUGGACACUCCAAAACUAUCAGGCCAGACAAGCGGAAGUUAGCAUUACUUUUUGAUAACCCUACGAUUGGAUGGAAAAAUUUCAAGAGACACAUGUUGAACAUGCGAAGUCAUAGUGAUUCCAAGGGGUUUGAGCUGAAAAGGCCGAACGAUUCGAUAUACACCUUCCCUUGUCCAGAUUGCAUGUGCUUUACCAACAAAUCAAAUGAUACGAAAUCGUCAUUAGCCCCUUGAUUUUCAGAAUGGGAGACUUGAUGGCUGUAUACCCUUGAAAAUGUAAUCUUGCCAACACAGAUUGCUGCUAACCCUCCAUUUUCUUUUGUAAUUCUUUCAUUUUUUCCCUUUCGACACACUGAGAGGGCACACCUGAUCUGGGAUCUUCAAGGAUUUGUAGUAGGGGGUCACAUUGAUCUGGAUCUUUCUGGGAAAGGAAAAAAAAAAAAAACAAAAAAACAAAAAAAUAGGAUUGUGUAAGAAGUUGCAUCUUUUUGGUAUUUGGAUGCACCUAAGAUUUGGGAUGACCACAGUUUUAUAUUGGUUGAGAGCAUUUAGGCAUAUUGCUUUUGUUUUACUACAUUUUGAAACUGCAGCUGCUGUAUCUACCAAGCUGUAGGGAAAACACUUUUGUUCAAUUUGUUUUUCAAAUUUUUUGUGAUAGGUUUUUAGAUAGAGUGCAGAUGAAUACCGUAGAAGUGUGAGUGUAGUUUUGUUAGAUAUCAAUCAUAUUCUUUUCUUUUUACUAUUAUUUCCAUUUAGUAUCA